AUGGGCUCAAAGAAAGUACUCAUUCCCAUGGCUGACUACGGUCAUGAUCCAACAGAAACCGCGGUGGCAUAUACAAUUUUCAAAGAAGCGGGCUUUGAGGUUCAAUUUGCAACUGAAACAGGAAAUACGCCCAAAUGUGACGAACGCAUGAUUUCGGGCAUUUCGGGGAAAUUACUCGGUGCAAGCAAAGAUGCCAUCAAAAAAUACGAGCAAAUGAUUCAAGAUCCAGCAGCGAGAAGCCCUUUCAGCUGGUCAGAUCCAAACUUUUCUAUCGCCGAGUAUGAUCUAAUAUACUUCCCCGGUGGCCACGAUAAAGCCGUGAGACAAGCCAUAGACUCGGAGUCCCUGCAGAAACAUAUUGUCUCGUACUUUCCUCAAACCCGCAAGCCGAGUCGGAAAGUGGUGUCAGCAGUCUGCCACGGCGUGCAGACUCUCUCUACAGCCACUUUACCAGAUGGUAAAAGCGUUCUUCAUGAUGCUACCACGACGGCUCUGCCGGGGGCAAUGGAGUCUGGUAUUUUUUGGGUGACUAGGCCAUUUUUAGGUGACUAUUAUAAGACAUAUGGAAAGGGGACUGAUAAUGUUGAGACUAUUGUCCGGAAAACAUUAGACAACCCUGAUAAACAGUAUAAGAACAGCCUAAGUCCUGCGCCUUUUAUCGUCGAGGAUGAAGUAUAUAAUUACAUAAGUGGUCGAUUUCCUCCUGAUACGGAGAUUCUGGCGAAACGGGCUGUCGAACUGGUGAAGGAGGUCUCUGCAUAG